GUAAAUGUGGAGACAGGACGGGUAGGCGAUGCGCUGGCGGAAAAAUAAAUUCAACCCCCACAAUCAGCAGAGACGGAGUCCCAGGACGAGCUCCUACCCAAACGAGGGGGUAGCUCGUCAGUCUGGCUUCAUUUUGGUUUCAAAGUGACGGAUUCAGAGCAGAAAAAGGUCAUAUGCAAAAUAUGCAAGAAAAGUAUUCCGUCGCCCGACGCUAACACAACCAACCUAUUCUACCACCUCAGAAAACACUACGAGAAUGAGUACACGGAGACCCAAAAGGCAAGAGUCACACCAAUCAAUGCUACCAGCGCUAAACCCAAUCAACCAAAAAUUCAAGACGCUCUGGUACGAAACAAACCCUACGAGAAAACGUCCCGCAUUUACCGACAAAUAACAGAUGCCAUCGCACGCCUCAUUGUUAAAGUAUGUUGUCAGGUUCCUGUACCUGCUCCACACCGCCAAGCGCCGCCAGUAGCUGCUCCACGCCGCCAGUAGCUGCUCCACGCCGCCAGGUGCCGCCAGUAGCUGCUCCACGCCGCCAAGCGCCGCCAGUAGCUGCUCCACGUCGCAAAGCGCCGCCCGUAGCUGCUCCACGUCGCCAAGCGCCGCCCGUAGCUGCUCCACGCCGCCAAGCGCCGCCCGUAGCUGCUCCACGCCGCCAAGCGCCGCUCGUAGCUGCUCCACGCCGCCAAGCGCCGCCAAGCCAAGCACCUUCACGCCAAGACCCUCAACGUCAAGACCCGCCACGCCAAGACCCGCCACGCCAAGACCCGCCACGCCAAGCUUCGCCGCCUGACGCGCCACGCCAAGCUUCGCCGCCUGCCACGACGAGGACGCGCGCAAAUUCCACUCCUGCCACGAUGACGACGCGCCCGCCUACUCGGCGGCCACGCCAAGACGCGCCAUGCCAAGCUUCGCUGCCUGACACGCCACGUCAAGCUUCGCCACCUGUCGCGCCCACCUCGUCAGGUACAGCGGCGUUCUAAGCGUCGCCGCCACCUGACUAUGCCUCGGUGGAUUCGGGGACACUUCGUCUGGCGACCCACCGCCAUGUCCUCCUCCCGCCCUCCCACGACUCUUGAUCUUGUUUUUGUUGGGGUUUUUUGGACAUCUGGGAUCUGUCUGUAAGGGGGGGCUCUCUGUCAUGUCUGUGUGAUCAUGUUUUGUUUUGGUUAUGUUCGAUUUGGUUUUUGGACUCUUUGUGCACUCUUGUUUGUUUUGUUUCCAUGACAACCCACUAGUCAUGACAGGCGUUUGCUGUCCCAUGUCGGCCAUAUCGCUAACCCAUUUGCUGUCCGUUUCAUGUGGGGCAGGCACGCACGCACGCACGCACGCACGCACGC